AAUAAAGAACUUUUAGACAACGAUUGUAAGAUUUCGACAAAUUGACAAUUUUUGGCGUGGCGUCAACUGUUUUGAAGGAAACAUUUGUUUCAUAAGACAUAUAAAAACACGAAAAUGACACAGUAUAUUCAAGUAAGCGAAGAUGAACACGAUGAACCAAUUGAAAUACCGAGUGAAACAGAUGGCACUCUCCUUCUUUCAACAUUAGCAGCGCAGUACCCAGGGGCCUGUGGACUAAAAUAUAGAAAUCCAUCAACCGGAAAUUUCCGUGGUGUUCGUCUAAGCGAAGGGCUAUUGUAUCCUCCAGAUAAUCAAUGGGGAGACCAUGUUUACAUUGUAGUAUUCCCAAAAGAUAACAAAAGAAAAGGAGAAGAACAAACAGAAAAUCCCUCAGCCAAAACUGUGAAGUUAGAGAAAAAGUGUAGUGAUUUGAUUGUAUUAGGUCUGCCUUACAAGAGUACAGAAGAAGACCUAAAAACAUAUUUUUCAAAGUAUGGAGAAUUGGUUUUAGCACAGGUGAAAAUUGAUCCAUGGACACAAAAAUCAAAAGGCUUUGGAUUUAUAAGGUUCCAUGAUCAUGAUGCUCAACUAAAUUGCUUGGCACAACAGAGACACAUGAUUGACGGGAGAUGGUGCGAAGUCAAUAUACCAAACUCUAAUGAGGCUGGACAACAGACCCAAUCCAGGAAGAUAUUUGUGGCCAGAAUAUCUGAAGGUAUUAACACAGAUGAUCUCCAUCAAUACUUCUCUAAGUUUGGUUCUGUAGUAGAUGCUUUUAUUCCCAAACCCUUUAGAGCCUUUGGAUUUGUCACAUUUGGAGAACCUGAUGUUGCAACUGCAUUGUGUGGAGAGGACCAUAUUAUCAAAGGUUGCAGUGUCCAUGUUAGUAUUGCUGACCCUAAGACACCAUCUAGAGAUAGGGAGCGUGGAGAUAGAGGGGAUGAUCAUAGACGAGAGAGGGGCGGUGAUCACAGAGGGGAUAGGGGGAGGGAUUAUAGAAGGGAUGAUAGGGAUAGAGAAAGGGAAAGAUAUGACCGUAGAGGAGGAGAAAGAGAUGGUCGUAUGAGGAAAUCCAGAGAUGACCAUAGAGAUCAACCUAUGACUGGAAUAAAUGAGCCAGUGGGAAUGAAUGGAAUGAAUUUCUUAAACUCUGCCAUGUUGGCUGCAGCACAGGCUGUCCUUUCUGGACAGGCACAAGGGGGCUGGGGUGGUAUGCCUUCACAGAAUGCAGGGGGUGCUGAUUUGGGUCCAGGAUACGGAGGAACACUUGGUUCAAAGUCUGACAGCAACAGAUCUUACAGUGGUUGGGGUACUUCAACAGGAGGAUAUGACACAGGCAGUUCCAGUGGAACAUACAGUACGAGUCAGACAGGAGGGUACAGUGGCUGGGGCGGGGGCAGUAGUAGUAGUCGCAGUAGUGGUUGGAAUUAAGUUUUUACAUUUUUUGCAAUUCAUAUUUUCAUGUUUUUGUAAAUACUUCAUUGAUUCAAAAAUUCAAUUUGUACAAAAAUAACCCACCUCUAUAUUAAGUAUUAGUGAUUUCAGAUUAAAAUAAUAAGAACCAAAUUAAUAUGAAUUUUCAGAAAAAUGAUAAUUGUUUCAAGAAAUUAAACUAAAGAAUGAAAUCAUUUUUAAACAGCAUCUAAAAUAUUAAAAAUUAACCACUUUUAAUCAUGUUCAUACUUUUAUUCAAACCUUUUAAUUCUUUCUGUGGAAAAAAUGAAGUGCAAAAAAGUAACAUGUAAAUAAUAUUUUUUUUCAUUCAAAUUCCUUAAACAUGUUUAAUGAAAAUUUCAACUUUUUAAUUUUCUAUUAACAUGAGCAAGAUUCUUAUAACUUGAAAACUAUUACAAUUUAAUGAAUGUCACUGCAACUAAUGCAUUCAUCAUUUAUAUAAAACAUUUGGAUGUAAAAUAGCUUGGAACACAAGAAGAGCUGAAGUAAGUGAAGACAGACAGUGAUGAGGUUUAUAAACAUGAGAUAGUGAUGACAAAUACUGUUAGAUUAUUCAAAUGAGAGAUGUUAAAUGAGUUUACUAUUAGUGUUCAUAACUAGCAAGUUGAUGGUUCUUAAAAGUGUGAAACACAAGAAGAGUUUGUAUGUAACAGUGAAAAAGGAAAGUAAAGAACACACCUAGCACAGAGAAAAAUAAAUUGACUCGAAUGUAGUUAUUGAAAAGUAUUUGUUGUGUAAAAGAUGUUGUUAGUGUCUAAAACAUGUUAUAUGUUAGUGUAUUAAAAGACCAGUGUGUGUA